UCUUCCAAGUACAUCAUGACCCCCUCAUCCUCUUCCUUUUAAACUGGAGAAGGGAAGACGUGAAAGGCAUGCCCUCUACCGUCACCUCCCAUCCCUACCCUGUCCUGAACAUCAGGAGCUAUUACUAGUUUUGAAAGGAGGGACUGUGGGUUCUAGGGUGGUGUGGAUAGCAAAGGAGAGGGCGUGAACCCCUAAUUUUUCUCUCUCCUACGUAUCGCUUUUCCAGAAAGCUGUGGGUUGUUCGAAGAAGAAUUUUCAGAAAGUUGGGACUGGGCAGAUAGAGUUGAGUCCUAACCUGUGGUUCCAUUGUUGGCUCCAGUACCCAACUUUUUCUCAACCAUAGCGUUUCUCCCGUCUUCUCCAUUUUGUAGGCCUCACGGGCUCAGGGCCACUGUACAUAGGCUCCUCUCUGCUCUCCAUCAAAGAACUUCCACCUUAACCUAGUGGCCUCCCUCGGUUUUGCCCCCGAGUACCCAGCAAGGUUUCUUGCACCAAAUGAUUAAUUCUUUUCUGACUUGUGGGGCUUCCCUGCCACAUACAGCAGAGCCCUUACCCAGAACCCAGCCCAGUCCCAUCCCUACUUCAAUCUCAGUUCUGUGUGGGCUUUGCCCUUCCCACUGUGGGAGGGAGGCAGCUCAGGGACCACCAUUGUGGGACCCUCUUGGGACACCUCCCCUCUGAUUCAGAAACACACUUCUACCUCUUCACUUUUAACUCCUACAGAUAGAGCCAGCAGUUUCUGGCACUUUUCUCAAGCAGGUGCCUCAUGCUGGCUUCUCCGCUAGGGUUUCAGGACAGACUACCAAGGACCUGCCUCGUCACUCAAGCCUCAGCCUCCUUCCAGUCUAACCCCUUUUCUGUCUAGAAAUCACUUUGGUUUACCAUUGGGAACUGAGCAGGUCCAAGACCAGGCUUCUGCUCCUGCCCAGGCCAGUAAUCCUUGUUUGAGGUGAAAACCUUAAAACUUAGCUCCUCCGGUCCCUGAUUGGAAGCAAUAUGGAAUGAAUAAGCAUGUUUUCAUUUAGGCAGGGUAGCUUGGGAUACCUUAAAACAACAACAAAAAGAUAAAAAUGUCAGGCAAGUUACGAUCAGACUAGGCAAUUUGCUUAUAAAAAUUACUUUCAGUGAGUCCCAGGGACUAGGAAGAUUAUUAAAAAAAAAAAAAAAAAGCGUCCACCUUGGUACGUAGCCACCACCUACAUGCUGUGCAUGUUAUUGGGACUCAUAGGAAAUGGUAUGUUGAAAUCCAAGCGCGAUUCACUGCUGCCAUUCUCCUUGCUGUGCCUGGUCUUUAUCACUAGACCCAGCAAUAGUUCUUACACUCCCUGCCACCUUCUCUGUACCCUUGGUUCACAGAGGCAAAUGGGCCUUAGAAUGUAAAGCCCCAGGCUAUAAAAGGAGUCCUCUCCUUUCUGCCUGCUCUUUACUUCCCCUUGAAUUCUCUUCCUCCAUUAGUGAUGCUGGUAAACUCAUACAGACAAAGCAACUAUUUAAAACCUUGUAAGUGGGGCCUCGCUCAUCUUUGUUUUUUCUCCUCCCUUCCCCUCCUCACUUCCCUUCUGUCCUCUUCCUUCUUCCCUCAGUGGCCUCACCAUCCACUAGGAAUCUCCCUGUCACUGUGAAGUUUGCUGGUGCAGAGGAACAUCUGCCAUUGCCUUUUUUGGACCAUGGCCACCCAGCUGUUUCUUAAACCUCCCUUCCCAAAAUUAAAAAAAAAUAAAGCCUCAUUGGCCUGGUCGUUCCAAGGAUAAGAACACCUGUAUCCUACGCUCAGUGCUCAAACCCACUUCAGUAUCCUUACUGAGGCCGUAAGAGCCUGAGGGGCAUCUGCCCAGGUAGCAGCCGUGGCAUGUGGCAAAGACCAAACAGGGACCACAAAAAGGGGUGAUGUCCCCUUUCCCUGCCACCUCCCCCAGCCUCUGUCACCAAUGAGCUGCCUUGAACAGGGGUAGGGCCCCUCUAACCUUCACAGUAGCUGGUCAGGGAUGGGUGUAGUCCUGGAGGCCAAGGGUGACAUGCCCAGGUGUGUCAGCUCAAAGGAUCUCUGCAUCAUCUUUAAGAGGUGGGAGGCAAGGAAAGGAACACCAAGGAGUUUUUUGUUUUUUUUUUCCCCCCAUAAACCUUUUACAAAUGGCAUUUUGUUAAUGGAAAUCUGGGAAGCAGGUGUGAUUAAUUUUUUGCUCGUAGGUAAUUGUCCUAAGUUGAAAAUUUCCCACUGCCCUGAACUUUCCCUAGUAGCCCUUUAAAUUCCUCCUCCCCUUUUGGUAGCUGUUUUCUCCACCCUUUACCUUCCCUCUUAUCUAGGAGCUGUUUUUAAGCACGAUUUUUUUUUUUGAACAGUUUAUUUUGUACAGGAUCAAUAUUUUGCUUUUUAACAAGGAUAUUUAUGUAAUAAGAAACUUUGCCUUAGGCAGGUGUUGGCCAGAAAAGUCCAGAUUCCUCUGGGACCCCAUCCUGGCCUCUCCUGGAGCUCUGAACCUGCUGUGGAAGGAAUUGGCUGCGACCUUUGCCACUGGAGAGUAGGGUCUGGGGAGAGGGGAGGGGUACACCAGCCCUAAAGAGAGGAGAACUUACCACGGUCAUCUAGUACCUCCGUGGAGGGCUUUGGAAAAAGUAUUCCAGUCCAAUUCUUUAGGCGUCAGCCGACUUUCUUAGCUGAUUCUCCGCAUACACACUCCUCCACCUCUGAGUAUUCGGCACUAGAACUCCCGAAAACUCUUUUUAGGCCCUUCCCUUCCAGUGGUCAAGGCUUUGGAGCCACUCCUUUGUAACGCCAGAUUAUUUAAAGAGAGAAAAAUACAAGACAAAACCUUCUAGCACUUUGUAAACACAGUAAAUAACCUCUUGGAGUAUUUUUGGCUUUAUAUAAAACAAGGUUUUUAUUGUAAAAUAUAAGUGCCAUUAGAAAAUGCACAGGGCGUAUCUUUGUUAAAGUAGAUUUUUCAAUGUUUUACAGAAUUACAUUUUCAAAAAAAGUUUUUAUAAUGAAGUUGUUUAUUAAAAACUUCUGAAUGAUGUGUUUGGAAGUUGUGAACCUUUCUGAUGGGCGAGGGUUGGAGACAGACUGGGGAAGAAUUGGAAUGUCCAGACAUCUUCAGUAGCCCAGGGAUUGGUGAGUAUAGGGCAGAGAGUUAACAACAACUCACAUUAGCACCUUGUACAACUCUGUACUUUUAAAUGAAAAUGUCUUAAUUGGAUGUCUUUGAGGUAGGUGGCAUCAUUUUAUCAGUUAAAAAGUCUUGGAUGCAAGGGUCAGAAAAUCAAAUUCUUAAUUGGCUUAAGCAGUGCAAUUUCAUGUAACCGAAAAUGCCUGAUGUAAAGCAGUCUGUAGGAUUGAUCCAUCAGCUCAAACGUGGUUGGUCUCAUCGUUCCUGUUUCUCUCUGCCCCAUCUUGUGCAAUUGUGACUUCAACUUCAGGCCGUGCAGAGGGGCUUCUCCUUUUGUGUAUGAGUAGAAGGCUGCCAUGAUUCUAGACCUCUCAUUCUCACACAGUGCUGACCAGGAGCAGAAAGGGACCCUUCCCAGGCUCUGUUAGAAAAGGAGUCCUUUUGUUCACAGAAGCCCCAGUAAACAUGUUUCACUGGCCCUGAUGGAGUUCUGUGCCAUUCUAGAACCAAUCAGUAUAGCCAGUGAUGACAAGGCUAAGACGAGGGGAGAAGUGAUUUCCCAGAGGAAGUUGCAGGUACUAUUAAGAUGAGGAAUGGAUGUUGGUUGUCCAAGAAAAGACAAAGGUCUACCGUAGUCACCCGCGGCCUAAGAUCUACAGCUGGUAAGUGACAGAGCUAGGACCUGACCUUGCCCACGCUUGUGCCCAACCAUUGGGUUCAGGCACUGUUGAGGCUGACAGAUACUCACCUGAUGGCAUUGCUUGGCCAGACCCUAAUGUAGAUAGUCAUCAUCAUCCUGGGCCCUGUCCCUUGUGCUGAGAUCCUCCCAUCCCUCAGACUGAACUGGCUUUUCUGUGGCCUGAAGCCAGUGUUAUAGAGCCAAGUAAUGCCGUUUACUCUCAGGACCCAGCCCAAGUGCUUGUGUUAAUAUACAGGUGUUUUGUGUAAAAGGCAGUGGGCUGAUCCUUCAUCUCUUUGGCCUUCCAUUAUAAUUGACAAAUGUUAGCUGUCCACCCCAGGGAACAGCUAGAGAAGGGGGUUUAUCUUAUCCCCUGGGUGGGAGAAGACUGAAGGCUUUCUGGAGGAGGUGGCAGGGGGUUCCAGGCAGAAAUGGGGGCAUUGGGAGUACUGACCACUCCCUCCCCCACAGCUGAGACCACAGGAGUGCAGCUGUAUUUGCAGGGUCAGGGCUGCAGGGGCUGGUCCAACCAGGGUCUUAGCUUACCCAAGAAUACAGCUUGCACUCUGGAGUUUGUGUUUGUGAGUUGGCUAGCAAAGAGCAAUAGCCCCUGGGCCUAGGACAACAGAUGAAGCAAGACCCGUCUCCUUGCAGCCACCCAGCACAGGAAGAUCCAGUCAUACGGGGGAACCCAGACAGAUACCCACUUGCUCCCUCGUUUGCAGUAUUGUAAGACCUUUCUUGCCCCAGGCCUUUUCAUUCCGACCUGUCAUCUGUGGCUCCCAGUUUGAGUCUGGUCAGUCUCUUCCAAAGCUACCUCUUGAGUCCUCUGUGUAUGCCUGAAUAAUUUAUCCUGUACAAGGUGCAAGUGUCACACAGCUGUCCCAAAGCCACAGUCGAAUUUGGGAGCCAAGCGAAUCCCACCUGUCCACCCAAAUCUGGGGAACACUAAUCACCUGGGCGUAGUGGCGUGAUCAGGGCUUAAGUUUGUCCCUUGGUGCCUGCUCCAAGCUGCUCCUUGCUCGGUUCACCCCUGCACUUCUCCCUCAACCGCCAGCGCCCUACUAAUCUGGGGCCAGUUCUGGCCGUCGCCCGCGAUCGCGUCCCCACCGGGCAGUGCCCUGUCCCUCUUCUAGUCCUCCAGGCCCCCCUCACAUCCGAGAAACCCUUGCGAAUCACAUCCGGAAAGGGUGGGCGCAAGGGGCGGAGCGCGCGCCGGAGAAGAACGCACCUCCCCGACUCCCACCCGCCGUCCCGCAGCCGCUGUCAGCCGCCCCAUUUUCCAGAGCCGCCUGUGUCGCCCGCGCGCCCGAGCUCCCCAGGCCACAGGUCCCACAGGUGAUGGCAGAGAAAGGCGCUGGGGGCCUGCAAGCCGACGCGUGUCCGCCGGCCGGCCCCAAGGCCCUGGCCCGAGAAGCGAGGUCGCGCGGGCACCCCGACCCGGCCGCGGGCCCUGGGAGCGCCCCGCCUGCCCCAGAGCGCCGGGAAGUGGCCUCCGCGGUGACUGGCCGGAGCCUGGAAGACGGUCCUGUCGGGGACGAAGCCCCAGAAACCCGUGGCGCAGGGUGGGGGGGCCGGGCGGGAGCCAGCGGGAAGGCCGAGGAAGUGACGACUGAGGAGGGCGCCAUCUUCAUGGAGGAGGUGGAGAAGCCGCAGGUGGGGGCGGAGGAGGUGGGGGAGGAGAAGAUGGAGGUGUUGGAGAAGCUGGUGGCGGAGGAGAAGCUGGAGGUGGUAGCGGAGGAGCAGGAGGUUCCAGGGCCCCUGAACCUUGAUGGCCCUGUCGUGGACCCACUGGAGGCCAUCCAGUGGGAGCUGGAGGCGGUGAGUGCCCAGGCCGACCGGGCCUACCUCCGGCUUGAGCGUAGGUUUGGGCGGAUGCGCCGGCUGCAGCUAGCCCGGAGGAGCUUCAUUAUACAGAAUAUUCCAGGCUUCUGGGUCACCGCCUUCCUGAAUCACCCGCAGCUGUCAGCCAUGAUCAGCCCUCGAGAUGAAGACAUGCUCGGCUACCUGAUGAAUUUGGAGGUGAGGGAGCUCAGGCACGCCAGGACCGGCUGCAAGUUCAAGUUCCGAUUUUGGAGCAACCCCUACUUCCGGAACAAAGUCAUCGUGAAGGAGUAUGAAUGCAGACCCUCAGGCCGGGUGGUGUGUAUUGCCACUCGAAUCCGAUGGCACCGGGGCCAGGAACCCCCCGCCCUCGUACACAGGAACCGGGACACCGUCCGCAGCUUCUUCAGCUGGUUCUCACAGCACAGCCUCGCCGAGGCCGACAGGGUUGCCCAGAUUAUUAAAGAGGACCUGUGGCCCAACCCUCUGCAGUACUACCUGCUUGGGGAUAGGCCGGGCAGAGCCAGGCAGGGCCUAGCACGGUGGCCCAUAGAGGUCCCUCCUAGGCCCUACGGGUUCCAGUCGGGCUAAGUCCUGCCCUGGGACACGCUCCCUACCUAAGACUCCCUUCAGUCUCCUGUGGACCUGUGCUUAGGCUGAUGAGGGGCCCCCUACCAUCUCCUUUCUCCUCUGAGCAUUCUGGCUCCUCUGGACGUUCAGUUCAGUGUACUCAGCUCCCAGAUUGUGGCCUUCGUGUUUCCACGUGUGCUUCUGUGCCAACAUCACGUUGCUGUUACAUGCCAGUGCUGCAGAUGUGCAUGUCAUUUGACCCUCACGGCCUGGACCUAUCCGUCAUGGCCUUCCCAUCCAUUUUUGACAUGGGCGCCUAUGAGUCAUUGCUAGGAUGACCGGUGCAUCUUUGAGGCCUGCUACUUCAAGCCUACAACAUGCUGGGCUUUUCCUUCAUGCUGGCUGUGAUCAUGGUGGCCUCACACAUGGGCUGUGGCAAGCUAAGCCUCAUCACCCAAGAUGAAGCAGGUUCAUUUGG